AUGAGGGCGAGACCUGACCUCGCUUCCUUCCCCUUCAUCCGAAGAGCCGCCAGCCAGGGCAGCGGUGCCCAGACCACCCAGCUCCUCCUGGAGCCCCCCUGGAGGCCGGCGGUGCUGUGGGACCCUGUGACACUGACCUGCCAGGGCUUGGGGACCGCCGGUGACACCACCUGGUAUAAGGACGGGCAGCGCUGGUGGCAGAAGGGACGCGACCACUUCACUGUCACCAAGAGUGGCACCUACACGUGUGACAGACCCGGCAGCGGGUGCAGCCCACCUGUGACAGUCUCAAAUGCUCUGACAGGACCCCUCUGUCCCCCAGACAAUCUGGUGCUGCAGGUGCCGGUGCUGGCGCUGCUGGAGGGGGACACGGUGACACUGCGCUGCCGGGGCUGGCGGAACCGCACGGUCACCAGGGUGUCCUUCUACCGCGAGGGGGAGAAACUGAGGGGGCUCCGCGAUGGCACCGAGCUGUCCCUGUCCCCCUGCAGCUGCACCACAGCGGUAACUACAGCUGCGAGGGCCUGGUGGGAUCCUGGGUGUUGCAUGAGUCAGCACCGGUUAGAGUUGCAGGUGUCGGCGCGGGAGCUGCUGGAGGGGGACACGGUGACACUGCGCUGCCUGCGCUGGCAGAACAACCCGGUCACCGGAGUGCAAUUCUAUCAUGGGGACAAAGAGGUGGGGAGGCCCCUCAAUGGGGCCGAGCUGUCCCUGUCCCCUCUGCAGCUGAACCACAGUGGAAACUACAGCUACCCCCACAGCCACUUCCCAGCAGACUCAGAGUCACAGUCCUCACCUCCCCUCUCCUUCCCAGAGCUCUUCUCAGUGCCGGUGCUGGAGGGUCCCCCAGAGCCCACCCUGGGGUCGCCCCUGACUCUCAGCUGCCUCAGCACCCCCAGCCCCCUGCGGCCCCCAGCCCCAUUCCUGCACGUGUUCUAUCGGGAAUGGCAGGUGCUGGGUGGCCCGCAGGGGUCCCCACAGCUGCUGGUGCCCUCCGUGGGGGUCUCCCACUCAGGGAAUUACAGCUGCCAGGUGCGCUCCGAGAGGGGGAACGUGCGGAAGAGCAGUGCCCGGCUCCGCGUCACGGUGCUCAUGCCCGUGGCCAAUGCCACCAUAAUCCCCAGUCCCCUGUCACACCAGGUGCGCCCAGGUGACAACGUGACGCUGCACUGCUCAGUGCAGGUGGGCUCAGCCCCUGUCACCUUCACCUGGCUGCACAAUGGGCAGGAGGUGGCGCAGGGUCCCCUUCUGGAGCUCAGGGACAUCGAUGUGGGACAUUCGGGCACCUACCAGUGCGUGGCCACCAACCAGCUGGGACAGGACGGGCACCGCGUGUUCCGGGCACUCAGCCCUGAGCUGGAACUGGAGGUGACACCUGGCUCACCCUGGGUCACAGCUGCCAGGAAGAACCAGGAAAGGGACCCCCCGGAUUCCCCGGACCCCCCAGAGGAGGGGCAGGUGCUGUACACCCACGUCGUGGUCACCAAGAGGGGCCACCAGCGAGGGGACAGCCACAGCAGCGAGGGACAGCCAGUGCACAUGGCUGGGGACACCGGGAUGGCCGGGAAGGUGGCACUGCUCCUGUGGGCCCAGACCCUCGGCCUCGCUGGUGCCCAGACCACCCAGCUCCUCGUGGAGCCCCCCUGGAGGCCGGCGGUGCUGUGGGACCAGGUGACACUGACCUGCCAGGGCUUGGGGACCGCCAGUGACACCACCUGGUACAGGGACGGGCAGCGCUGGGGGCAGAAGGGACGUGACCAUGUCACUGUCACCGAGAGUGGCACCUACAGGUGUGACAGACCCGACACCGGUCUCAGCCACCCGGUGACAGUCUCAAACGAGUGGCUGGUGCUGCAGGUGCCAGCACGGGCACUGCUGGAGGGGGACACGGUGACACUGCGCUGCCAGAGCUGGCAGAACAAACGGCUCACAGACGUGUACUUCUGCCGUGAAAAGAAGUAUCUGACGGGCCCCCAGGAUGGGACCGAGCUGUCCCUGUCCCCCCUGCAGUUGCACCACAGUGGCCGCUACAGCUGCCAGGGCCACGUGAGCCAUGUGGUGUCACGGUGGAGCGUGUCGGAGCUGGUGACAGUGACAGUGCACAGGUUCCCGCCCUCAGGUAUGUCCCUGUCAGCACAGCCCCCUGGGGGACAGGUGGCACUUGGGGACAGCUUGGUGCUGAGCUGCACAGUAGCCACGGGCACAGGUCCCCGGUCCUUCUCCUGGCACCGGGAGGGCUCGGGGACAACGGUGGGCACCGGCCCCCGCCUGGAGCUGCAGCAGGUUGGGGACAAUGACAGCGGCCAGUACCGGUGCCAGGUCAGGGAUGGGGACAGCGUGGCCGAGAGUGACCUCCUGAAUGUCACCGUCCUGGUGCCCGUGGCCAAUGCCACCAUCACCCCCGGUCCCCUGGCACACCAGGUGCGCCCAGGUGACAACGUGACCCUGCGCUGCUCGGUGCAGGUGGGCUCAGCCCCUGUCACCUUCACCUGGCUGCACAAUGGGCAGGAGGUGGCCCAGGGUCCCCUCCUGGAGCUCAGGGACAUCGAUGUGGGACAUUCGGGCACCUACCAGUGCGUGGCCACCAACCAGCUGGGACAGGACGGGCACCGCGUGUUCCGGGCACUCAGCCCUGAGCUGGAACUGGAGGUGACACCUGGCUCACCCUGGGUCACAGUGGCCGCAGGGGUCGGUGGGGCCCUUUUGUUCCUGCUCCUGCUCGUGGGUGUCAUUGUGGCCAGGCACUGGUGGCACUGUGUGGAUGCCAGGAAGCACCAGGAAAGGGCACCCCCAGAGCCCCUGGCACCCUCCGUGGAGGAUCCUCAGGCGACGUACAUGGAGCUGCAAUGGCAACCGUGGGAACCCAGGGACAUCUAUGACAAUCUACACCAGAAGUUGUGAUGCUCUGGGAAGCGGGAGGCACUGGGUGACACUGGGGGUGCUCCCUCCAUGGCUCCUGUGCUUGCCCAUCCUUCCAAGGGAGGUGGGCAUGGGUCAGGGGGAGGCUACACAGGGCACCCUCUGCUCCCCAUUUCCUCUCCCACUACCCCCAAGGGCUCCCCCAUCCCUUUCCUCGUACCUGCAGGGCCUCCCCAGCCCCAUCCCAGUGCCCAAGUACCCUCAGUGACUGCCCCAUUCUCUCCCCACAGUGCUUGCAGUACAGCCAGGGCUUCCCCAUUCCCCCUCCCACUACCCCUGUCCCAUCCCGCUGUAAAAGGGGGAGUCGGGGAGGAUUCCUUCUGAGAGGUUUCUCAGAUGAAAAUGAAGCACAAACAUGGCUAUAUUA